UUAUAAAUUUUUUUUCUUGAGAAAUGUCAAAUGUAUAAAAUUAUCUAUUCGAAUUCCUUGAGUAAUAUUAUAUUUAAUAAAAAUAAAGGAGUGAAAACGAUUGGAAAAUGUCAUUUUUAAAUAAUAUGAAGAAACUCCUUCAUUUUGGUGGAGGAGAAGCUAAAAAGAAACGUAUAUACGAUAACAUUCGAAUGGACACUGAUCCUAAAGAAUAUUGGGAUUUAGUUGGUGAAUUGGGUGAUGGCGCUUUUGGAAAAGUUUAUAAAGCACAGCAUAAAGAAACUAGACGAUUAGCUGCAGCUAAAAUGUGCACAUUGGAAGACGAAGAAAAUUUGAGCGAUCAUAUGGUCGAAAUUGACAUCUUAUCAGAAAUUAAACACGCAAAUAUUGUGGAAUUGUACGAAGCAUUUUCAAUUGAUGACAAAUUGUGGAUAUUGAUAGAAUAUUGUGAUGGUGGUGCCUUAGACAGUAUUAUGGUUGAAUUAGAAAAGCCAUUAAUUGAAUCGCAAAUUGCAUACGUUUGUAAAUACAUGUGCGAAGGUUUAAGUUUUUUACACAAAAAUAAAGUUAUACACAGAGAUCUAAAGGCUGGUAAUGUACUAUUAACGAUGGAAGGUGGAGUAAAAUUAGCUGAUUUUGGUGUAUCUGCAAAAAAUAAACACACAUUGCAAAAACACGACACAUUUAUUGGUACACCGUAUUGGAUGGCUCCAGAAUUAGUGCUUUGCGAGACAUUUAGAGACAAUCCAUAUGAUUUUAAAGUUGAUAUUUGGUCACUAGGAAUAACAUUAAUUGAAUUAGCUCAAAUGGAGCCACCAAACAGCGAAAUGUCACCAAUGCGAGUACUAUUAAAAAUUCAAAAAUCGGACCCGCCCAAAUUAGAUCAUCCAUCAAAAUAUACAAAAGAAUUUAAUGAUUUCCUAGCACAAGCCCUAAUAAAAGAACCACAAAAACGACCUACUUCAGAUAUUUUGUUAAAUCACCCAUUUAUAAGUGGAUAUUUAAAUCCAAAGCCAGUUAAAGAUUUAUUAUUAGAAUACAAGGCAGAAGUUGUAGAAGAAGAAGUAGUUGAUGAAGAAAAUGAGGAAUCUCGUGAAUCAACAUUUGCAGUUGAUAUAGAUGAUGAUUCAUCUUCUCUAAAGAGUCAAGAUAUUGAUAAAAAUGCAGAUGUGCCAAAAUCAUUGCCUAAAUUACCAAACAACGUAAAAAUGCCAGCACCGCUUUCAAUUAACAAAAUCGAUGAGCACCCGUCUCAAGAAAAUGCAUCUGUUAAAUUACCAUCACCUCAAGCAGCAUCCCCAUCUGGUGUUGAAAAACUUCCAAAAUCGUUAGCUCCGCCAACACCUAUAAGUCAGGUAACUGAAGAAGCAAUUAAUACUGAGAUUGUUACAGAUAUUAAUCCAUCCGCCAGAAACGACAAGAAAAGGGAAGGAGAAAAAUCUUCUCAAGAAAAGAAGGUAUUAAAAAAAGAAAAGGGAAAAGCUCCGGCCCCACCAGCCCAAGCUCCAGCCCACAAAAAACAAAUCGCUACUUCCGUUACGCCCGUCGUCGCUUCUAAUGAAAAUCAAACUGAAUUGAUACCGUCCUCUAAAACUUCACCCGUUAAAAUUGAAAAAGAAGUCAAAAUUCCAACUCCACAAACUCCAACAGAACCGCCAGAUUCUAAGAUUGUCAAUGCUUCUGAAUCGCCAAGUAACUCUAGUAAAAAGAGUUUCAAUAUCGAUCCGUCUUUUUUAGAAUCUGAGUCGUUAGAUGACGUAAAAGUUUCUUCACCAUCUGAAAAUGAUUUGAAAAUAAUUGGUAGUGUAAUUUCAUAUGAAACACCUACGUCCAUUGCUGGUGGAACUACAAAAUUAACAAUAGCGUCAUCAACGCCGACAAAAUCUUCUGAACAUACUGCUAUGAUUACAAUCAGCGACGAUAAUAAAGAAAACACAGUUUUACCAAAUAAUGCAUCAUCCAAUAUCAGUCAAGUAGCUGUUGUUACAACACAUCAUCCAGUCUUACAAGAUGAAAUUUCGAGACGUAUAAUAGAUAUAGAGCAAAAACCACAUAUCAGCACCGGAAAUGAAGUAAUUAUUGUAUCCAAUGAAAUGAACAAAACUUACAUUAAUGAAUCUUCAACUGAUGACGACUAUCCGUCCAUUGAUAGUUUAGAAAGUUCGCCGAAAUAUACUGGCAAAAAGACAUCCAGCAUGAUAGUCAUUAGUGAGGAAGAAACUAGAAAACCCGAUUCAAAUCAACAUAUCAAUUAUCCACAUGCUCAAAAAUUAGAUGAAAGUGAAGUUUUGAUUGUAAGCCAUAAUUUUGCAGAUGAUGACAACACUUCUAUUAUUACAGGAGAUCACAACAUGAUUGGUAAUCCAGAUGUAAUUGACACUAGUCACGUUUCUGUAGUAACAGUAGGUCAAGAAAUUAGAGUCAAAGAUAGUUCAAAUGCUAAAUCCACAGAAUCUUAUAGCGACUUAUCUUCGACUAGUGGCAUUUAUAGUGAUGAUCAUAUCUUAAUAGAAAAUAAAUUUGAAACAUCUGAAUUGAAAGGACCUACAAUUGAAACAACCAACACUGAAAUUGGUAUAAUAAUUGACAGGAAAAUUCCUACCAAAUUUGAUCAACAGUUAAGAAUUUCGCCAGAAAGAUCAGAACGUUCAGUUGGUUCACUUGAUUCCAGAACUCAUUCAGAAUGUGGUUCUGUGUUAUCACAUUAUACACCUACAUCAUCUGGUAUAAUAAAAAUUGAUCGUAGUGAUGCAGAAAGUGUGGCAACGACAGCAAGUCAUGAUAGUCGUGAUUUAAUUUAUGAAGAAUCACCCGUUGAACUUCGUUCAAAAUCACAAGCUCCAGUACCAACAGUAGUAGAACAACAAAGAACAAAAGAAGAGGUACAGCUACGUAACUUGCGAAAGAAAACUAGAAAACGGACCAGAAAAUUCGAAAUAGAUGGUGUCCAAAUGACAACAACUACUAGUAAAGUAAUCUAUGGUGACGAUGAAAAUGGUAAAUUGUAUGACGAUCAUUUAUUCCGCAAACAAGAACUAAGGGAGAUAAAAAUGUUACAAAAACAAGAGAAGAAGCAACAAAAUGAUUUAGCUUUAAAAGAACAAAUAGCUAGGGAACAACAAGAACGGCGUUUUGAACAAGAACGAAUGACAUUGGAAAAAACUUUUGAAACCGAUAUGGAAAGUCUCACGAGACAACAGAAAUCUUUUGUAGAGAAAACAGAACAACAACAGAAGGUUGAACUGACAGCUUCAUCAAAACGUAUCAGAGCAGAACAAGAACAAGAGUUAAAACUUUUCCGAGACAAUUUAAAACAAGAAAUUCGGCUACUUAAACAAGAAAUUGAUUUAUUACCCAAGGAUGAGAGAAAGGAUGAAUUCAAAAAAAGACGUGCAGCUAUGGAAUUAGAUCACGAAGAAAAAGAAAGAUUAUUUUUGGAUUCAUUAAAAGAAAGGCAUGAAUUACUUUUAAGACGUAUAGGUGAAAAAUAUCAAGACAGAUUGGGUACAAUUGAGCGUAAUUUCCAACAACAAAAGCAAACAGCUAUGCGAACAAGAGAAGCAACCCUAUGGGAAUUGGAGGAAAAGCAUUUGCAUGAACGACAUCAGUUAUCAAAACGGCAUGUUAAAGAUAUGUGCUUUAUGCAAAGACAUCAAAUGAUCACAAGACAUGAAAAAGAAUUAGAUCAGGUAAAACGAAUGCUUCAACGCAAGGAAGAAGAAUUAUUAAAGAGACAAAUGCUUGAAAGAAGAGCUUUACCUAAACGUAUACGAGCAGAAAGGAAAGCCCGUGAUAUGAUGUUUAGAGAAUCAUUAAGAAUAUCAACAAACAUUGAUCCAGAAGCUGAAAGAGAAAAAUUAAAAAAAUUCCAAGAGCAAGAAAAACGUCGUUACUUGCAAGAAGAAAAGCGUAUUGAAAUCAAACAUCAAAAACAAUUAGAAGAAUUAAGAGCAACCAGAGAUAGUACGAUUAGAGAAUUGGAACAGUUACAAAAUGAAAAGCGUAAAGCACUUGUUGAUCAUGAAACUGCAAAAUUACGUCAAAUUGAUGAAAGAUUGCAACAUGAAUUACGCGAAUGGAAAGCACAACUUUUGCCACGUAAUCAAAACAUGCAAAUGUUAAAUGAGGCUGCUUCCAUGGGGAUGGACGACUGGUCGUCAACAACAGGAAAGUCAGAUUGCUAAUAUUAUAGGUAUGAAUAUGAUUUAAAGAAACCAACAAAGGCAGUUAUAAUGAAGGCAGUUAAAAUUUUAUUUAAAAAUAAGGAUAUGCAGCAACAUUUUCGAGGACAGGCUAUUUUUAAUUUCAUAAAAAAUAUCUACAUAUUUUAAGAAGAAAAUUAGAAAUCAAAACAUAAGAUGAUAAGAAAAAAGGAGCUCACUUAUUUAGUUUAAAUUUUUCAAUCACUUAAUUAAAGUAAGAUAAGCAAUUUAUAUGCAAACGUGAAAACUCCUAUAGUGCCUGUCACAAUUAUCAAAUCCAAAAUGUCCCUUUAAUAUAUUGGAUUAAUAUUAUAAAAUAUACAUUAGGUUAUUAUUUUUGAUGGUUAAGUACUUGAUUAGCAAUAUCUAAAAUUGACCUACUUAGCUAAUAUUUUUAUUAUUUUAUCAAAAAAAAAAAAAAUUGAAAAAAAAUGAAAAAAUAAAGUUUUUCAAGUUAUA